AUGUCGCUGGCUCUGCUCUCCCGACGAGCCGCCACUCGUGGAGCUCAAACGUCGUCUGUAGUUCGCUCCCGGCAGUUUAGCACGCCCGUCAACGACUCCUUCUCGCCUAUCUCGGCCGCUGCUCCCCCGCCUCCAGAGGCCCGCAACGCGGUAUGGAGUGCUGUCAAUGCACGGGCUCCUCGCUACGACUGGACCAAGGAUGAGAUUCGGGAAAUCUACGACACGCCGCUCAUGGAGCUGGCUUUCCAAGCAGGCACGCUGCACCGCCGCUUCCACUCGUCGUCGGCAGUGCAAAUGUGCACGUUGAUGAACAUCAAGACGGGAGGAUGUAGUGAAGAUUGCUCCUACUGCUCGCAAUCGUCUCGCCACAACACCGGUCUCAAAGCUACCAAGAUGUCGCCCGUCGAUUCGGUGCUGGAAGCGGCCCGGAUAGCCAAGAGCAAUGGCAGUACACGGUUCUGCAUGGGAGCCGCGUGGCGUGACAUGCGCGGGCGAAAGACCAGUUUGAAGAACGUCAAAGCCAUGGUAGAGGGGAUCCGCGGCAUGGACAUGGAAGUCUGCGUGACUCUUGGUAUGAUUGAUCAGGAUCAAGCAGAUGAACUCGCCGCCGCAGGUCUUACCGCCUACAACCACAAUUUGGAUACCUCGCGUGAGCACUAUCCUUCGGUUAUUACAACUCGUUCCUACGACGAGCGUCUGCAGACUCUGUCCCACGUCCGACAAGCAGGCAUCAAUGUCUGCUCGGGUGGUAUUCUUGGUCUUGGCGAGAAACCAGAAGACCAUGUCGGUCUUCUCUAUACCGUCUCUACUCUUCCAGCCCAUCCAGAGUCGUUCCCGGUGAAUGCUCUCGUGCCCAUCAAGGGCACGCCGCUGGGCGAUGAUCCCAACCGAAAACGCAUCGAGUUUGACGCCAUUCUUCGAACCAUUGCAACUGCACGUCUAGUCAUGCCUGCCACCAUCAUUCGUAUCGCAGCUGGGCGUACUACAAUGAGCGAGGCUGAGCAGAUUCUCUGCUUUUCUGCCGGAGCCAACGCAGUGUUUACUGGAGAGAAGAUGCUCACGACCGAGGCUGUGGGAUGGGACGCUGACAAGGAAAUGUUCAAUAAAUACGGUCUGGUUCCAAUGAAGAGCUUUGAGCGUGGUGGGUAUCGCCAAACAAGCUGGGCCGACUUGAAGGCCGAUGCUGCUGCUGUUACCAGUGAUAAAACCGCGUCUGCCGAAGCGGCAGCGUGA